AUGGGAUGUAUCACUUCAUGCUGUCAGAGUAAACCUCUUCUUGAUGGCGAUAAUGAAUAUCAAUCUCUUGUUGUUUCAAAACCAAAUCCUAUACAAUUAAAUAAAAUUGAUAUGGAUGACUUAUCUUCUUCAGAUAUACCUCUAUUUCAAGUAAAUUUAUCGGAUAAUCCAGACUAUGAAAGCACAGACUCUCAAGAAGCUCAAGAUUCGAAUCCAGAGCCUAUCCUUUAA